AUGUAUCUACUCUGGUCAGGCUCAAUUCGAUUCUAUCAACAUACGGAUAGAAAGACGUAAUUGUGAGGAGAGUGUAACGUUACUAAAGUUAGCACGGAAAAAGGUUGUGAUCCUGUUUAUCAACGUUUAUACAAGGUGUCAUCAUUAUGACAGACCAACGAUUAGACUUUGUGAUAUUUGGAGCUACUGGAUAUACUGGAAAAUAUGCUGUAAAAGUAGCAGCACAAUUAGCUAAAGAAAAACAAAUGAAAUUUGGAGUAUCUGGACGCAGAAAGCAAGCUUUACAAGCAGUUGUUAAAGAAUUUGCUUCUGAUAUUGAAGAUGUACCUAUAUUGAUUGCUGAUUUGAAAGAUGAAGAGUCUUUAAAAAAAAUGACAGCACAAGCUAAAGUGCUUGUUAAUUGUUGUGGCCCAUAUAGAUUUUAUGGAGAACCAGUAAUUAAAGCAUGUAUUGCUACACAUACUCAUCAAGUUGAUAUCAGUGGUGAACCACAGUAUAUAGAAAGUAUUCAAUUGAAAUAUAAUAAGGCAGCAGAAGAAGCUGGUAUCUAUAUCAUAAGUGCAUGUGGAUUUGAUAGCAUACCAUGUGAUCUUGGUAUCAUUUUUACACAACAAAAAUUUAAUGGUGAAGUCAAUUCUAUUGAAACCUAUCUAAAUACAUGGGUAACUACAAAAGUUAGCGGGGCUCUCAUUCAUUAUGGAACAUAUGAAUCAGCAAUUUAUGGUAUUGCAAAUUUCCAUGAAUUACGUGAGUUGCGCUCCAAACUCUAUCCUGAGAGAUUACCUCAAUUCUGGCCAAAGCUCAAACCAAGGGGUUUCCUCCAUAAAUCUUCUAUAUCAGAAGGUUGGUCUAUGGUAUUUCCAGGAUCUGAUCGUUCUGUAGCUCUGCGUACCCAGCGAUUUUUGUAUGAAAAAUAUAAACAACGGCCAGCUCAAGUUCAAACUUAUUUUACACUCAAGUCUCUUUUCUCUGUGUUGACAACCGCUAUUUUCGGUUUAAUAUUUGUAAUGUUAUCUAAAUAUGAAUUUGGUCGUAAUUUGUUAUUAAAGUAUCCUACAUUCUUUUCCGGUGGAUAUAUAAGCCGCGAAGGCCCUAAGCCGGAAAUACUGGAUAACACUCGUUUCUCCAUAACCUUUAAAGCAGAUGGAUGGACCGAAGGAUUAGUUGAACCUACUGAUAAACAUGACAACUUACCAAACAAAGUAAUGAUUACUAAAGUUAGUGGAACCGAUCCUGCAUAUGGCGCUACAUGCGUUAUGUUACUACUUUCUGCUAUAACAAUACUUAAGGAAUCCGAUAAAAUACCUGUAACUGGUGGUGUUUUAUCUGCUGGUGCUGCAUUUAAUAAAACAUCAUUGAUCGAUGAGUUGAUAAAGAAAGAUAUAAAAUUCGAAGUUGUUUCUUCCAUUGAAACAUAAAGUCUUUCAUAUACUUACAGGUUACAGGUACAAGUUUGCUCUAUUAUAGUGAAAACAAAAAUAUAGGAAUGAAGAACAUUGCA